AUGGCUGAAACAAACCCUUCUUGCUUACUAUACGGUCCUGGGGAUGCCAGGUUUGAAGAUAGACCAUUCCCUCAUAUCGAGGACCCGCACGAUGUUAUUGUCAAGAUUGCAUACACAGGUGUCUGCGGUAGCGAUGUCCAUUUUUGGACCGAAGGUGGUUUUGCAAGAAAGGUCAGCCAGCAACAGCCUCUCGUGAUGGGCCACGAAGCUUCAGGCAUAAUUCAUCAAGUCGGCCCAGCAGUUUCCCAACUCGAGCCGGGCGAUCGUGUGGCUAUAGAACCAGGUUUCCCCUGCAAAAGUUGCAAUUACUGCAAGUCCGGACGAUACAAUCUGUGCCGCAAGAUGAAGUUUGCUGCAGACCCUCCAUUCACUCACGGGACACUUUCUCGAUUCUUCAAGAUCCCUGAGGAUUUUGCCUACAAGAUCCCCGACUCCAUUAGUCUCGAGGAAGCUGUUCUUGUGGAGCCGCUCGGCGUUGCUGUUCAUGGCGUUCGCCUAGCUGAUAUACGACCUGGCCAGAAUGUCAUUGUACAAGGAGCUGGAACUGUCGGAUGUCUUACUGCAGCAACCGCAAAGGCUUAUGGGGCUAAGACUGUUGUUAUCACAGACAUCAACCCUGAGAAGCUUUCCUUUGCGAAAGGUGUUGUAGAGUGCCACACGUUCCAGCCCCAAUUAGACGCAACGCCUGAACAAGAGGCUGCUAGGCUGAAGCAAGAGGCAGGUUUCGAUUUAGGCGCCGAUACCGUGCUCGAAUGCACUGGGGUUGAAACAUCAGCACAUACUGGCAUCUUGGCUCUGGCACCAGGCGGCGUUUUUGUGCAAAUCGGACUGGGCAAACCCAUACAGUCUUUGCCUAUCCAUUCUAUGUGCGAGAAAGAGAUGACCAUGAAGACUUGUUUCCGUUACGGUCCUGGUGAUUUUGAAAUUGCUCUCGAGCUGCUUGAAUCACGUAAGGUGUCCGUUUCGUCAUUUAUAAGCAGUAUUGCACCAUUCGAGAAGGCACCUGAGGCGUGGGUUAGAACUAUGAAAGGAGAGGGAAUUAAGAAUCUCAUCAAGGGAGUGGAGGGUUGA